AUGUGCUGUCAAGGGUCUUCUCUUGUGACCUGGAACCGGACCAUACUCGGAAGCAGUAUCGCGUUAGUCUUACACCGACCCUGCUGCGCCAAGGCCUCUGGCAAAGCCAAAGUGCCUCCGUCCUUGAACAAUGGCCAGAUUCAGAUCCAGAAGAAACUGGGUGCAGGCUGCUUUGGUGAGGUAUACAGGGGUUUCCACACCGGCACCAAGGAAGAUGUAGCCAUCAAGUUCGAGGCAUUGCAGAACCAGUCGCUCCAGUUGCGGCAUGAGGGUGAGAUGCUGAACUUGCUGCGGCUCCCUACGCAACCUCAGGGCUUUGCCAAGUUCUUCUUCUUUGGCCAGGAGGGCAAUUUCAAUUGCCUGGCCAUGGAGUUUUUGGGCAAAAGCCUGGAAGAUCACGUGCAGUUGUGCGGCGGAAAGUUUUCAUCCAAGACGUCAUGUCUGGUCGCGCAGCAGGUGCUCAUGCGAAUCGAGUACCUCCACUCCAGAGGAGUGGUGCACAGAGAUAUCAAGCCGGAGAACUUCAUGUUUGGUGUUGGCAACAAAGUGCACCACCUCUACCUGAUCGAUUUCGGCUUAAGCAAGAGAUACUGGGACAAGAAGCAUGUGCCGUCCACCCAGAAGCUGAGCCUCACCGGCACAGCCAGGUACGCAUCCUUAAACGCCCAUCGUGGCUUCGAGCAGAGUCGUCGCGAUGACCUGGAGGCUAUCGGGCACAUGCUGCUCUACUUCCUCCGCUCCUCACUCCCUUGGUCGGGCCUGGAAGCGCGAACCAAGAAGGAGAAAUACCAAAAGAUCAAAGAGAAGAAGGAGAGUACAGAGCUUUCAGAUCUGUGUCAGGGACAAAGAGAGGCAUUCCAGGCUUAUUUGGAGUAUGCCAGAAAUCUUGGCUUCAAGGACCGUCCCGACUACAUGAUGCUGCGGAAGCAGUUCGCCAAUCUGAGGGCGCUGCUGGAGCGAGAAGAAGGGAACCCAAUCCAGGAUUGGGACUUCGAGUGGCUUCAGGGCAAAGAGCUCGGCGAGCUUGAGCCGCUGCUGCCAUAUGACACCCUUGAGCAACCAGAUGACGAGCAGGCUCCGUCAGAACGGCCGCGUGGUCUCUGCUGCUUCCGCUGUGGAGGAUUCCAGGUGCGCAACUGA